AUGUAACAACUAUUUGAUUGCCCUAUAUGCUUAUAAACUUUAUUACAUCCCUUGACUCUUACAUGUGGUCAUUCCUUCUGUAAACCCUGUUUAAGCAACAAAAACUUUUAUCAAAAUUUCAAUACUUGUCCUGUUUGCAGAGCAUAGAUUUAAAUUUACGUAAAUUAGUUCAAGGUGAACGUUCUGUUAGAAACAAUCAUCUAACAAGAAUUCCAGAAUCAAUGUGAUUAUUAGUUGAGAUUAAAGAACUAUCAACAUAGAUUGGAAAAAAAAAAUUAGAUGAGACGAUCUUACAUACUCCUUGUGUAACAAUAUUUAAAAUGGAUUUCUCAAAAUUUAUAGAAGAUGUUUCCAUUAAUUGUGAUUGUAAUCGCCAUUCUUAUGUAUUUAAGGUUUAAGAAGCUUCGAUAAAGAUUCACAAUGAGAGUGAGACUACAGCAUUUGAGUCAAGAAAUCACUAGGCUGUUGUCGCAAUUUUCAUCUAGAAAUGCUGAUAAUUAUAAAGACACAGAUAUAUAAAACUUAGUGUUUACAAAAAUAGUAAAGCAUUUAUUUACAAACUAUGUGAGAUUUUGA